GCUUAUUUGUACUUUGAAUUAAACGAAGACCGUCGGCGUGACUCCCAUUAUCAUCUCCUUCUUAAUUCAAUCAGCAUGGUCGAAUUCAAUCCGGAAUUUUCGUUCGAAGACAAGGACACCGUAUAUGUACCGGCAGUGACGGAGUAUGUCCCCGAAGAGGUUCCAAGCAACAAUCGUCGAAUCGACACCUUAAUCAAGAAGUAUCUUGAUGAAAAAACGAAAACCUUUCUGGAGGAUCAAGACGAGGAGAUCGAGGUUGAGGGGGAACAAGAAGUAACAUGCAAAGUUUCAGAUUCUAUUAAGGCAAAGAAAAAUCGCAAGAAACGAAAACACACGGGCCAGGAAGAGGAAGAGACUGAAAAGGAAGCGCAAUACGACUUUUGCCAGUCUGUCACGAAGUACGCCUCCGUCGAUUCUUUCAUCAGUUUUAAGCUUUCGAAACCGGUCCUAAAGGCGCUCACUGAAAUGAAUAUGUACAAACCCACCCCCAUCCAGUGUGCCUGCGUUCCGCUCGCGCUCAUAAACCGAGAUAUCUGCGCCUGCGCGCGCACGGGCUCGGGAAAGACGCUGGCUUUCCUGCUGCCGAUCGUCGACCGAAUGGUCUACACUCCCACUUCUAGUAGGCGGAGCACGCGAGCCCUCAUCAUCAGCCCUACACGAGAACUUGCAGUGCAGAUAUUUAAGGUGGCAGAACAGUUGGUUAAGUACUGCCCGAAGUUGAAGAUCCAGUUAGCCGCUGGCGGCUUAGACCUGUCCUCCCAGGAGGCUUCUCUACGAACAAAUCCCGACAUUGUCGUUGCCACACCGGGCCGACUAAUAGACCAUAUUUCGAAUGCUCCCAAUUUCAGUCUGCAUGAAGUCGAAUACCUCGUUUUGGACGAAGCGGACAAGCUCCUAGAUGAGUACUUCACAGAACAAAUUAAUGAAAUUCUUCGCCACUGCAGCACACAGAAACAGACGUUACUAUUUUCCGCCACGAUGACUGAAACUGUGCGUGAACUGGCCACUGUGUCUCUCAGGAAUCCCGUUCGAGUCUUCCUCAACGAGUCAACCGCAGUGGCUGACAGACUUCAACAAGAAUUUGUCCGUAUCCGACCGCAGAAAGAAGCCGAUCGGGAAGCUAUACUCGCAGCACUCCUUGUCCGCUCCUUCCCCAAACGGACAAUUGUCUUUUUGAAGACAAAGAAGGACUGUCAUCGCAUGCAUAUUUUGCUCGGCCUGAUGGGACUAAACUGUGCUGAGCUGCAUGGUGACAUGCUUCAGUCGCAGCGUCUAGAGGCGCUUCGUCGUUUCACUGAAGAUUCCUCUUCUCCACAAGGCGCCGCUGCGGCUCCCAAAGCGACUGCGGCGGUGAGUGAGGGUGAUCAGCAAGUUCAAGUUGAAGACACUGCACCUCCCGUCGACAUCUUACUUGCUACUGACCUUGCAGCUCGCGGUUUGGACAUCCCCCAUGUGCAGACGGUCAUUAAUUAUCGGCUGCCUCCAACAAUGAAGCAGUACGUUCAUCGGGUUGGCCGAACCGCGCGAGCUACAAACGCAGGAAGAGCCGUAUCCCUGGCGGGCGAGUCAGAUCGCAAGUUACUCAAAGAAAUUAUCAAAGAUGCACCCUAUCCCAUAAAGGCCCGUACCAUCCCCCAAGAUACAGAGGCCGAGGAGCGUGAACUACAGGCAGCUGAAUCGCAAUUGGCUAGAGCCGAACGGUUCGCAGCUGAACGAGCGGCUGUGAGCGCCGGCUCAACCACAGCGGCACCUCCGUUCCAAAAACGCACCAAUUGGUUCUCCGAGAAGCGAGACGCUGAACGUGAAGCGAAAAGGGGAUCUGCAAAAAACAAGAGUCAAAAGAAGCUACCCUCAAAGCGACCACGCAAGGACGCCUGA